CCCGCAUGGGAACCAAAGAGAAAACUGCAGUGAUUUUAUAUGCCAUAUAUGCCUUAGACCUAUCCCUAAUCAGAACAAUGACACCAGAACCGGUAGACCAGAAUGGAUGCUAUGCUCACCAGAUGUCAAAUGUACUAUAUGAAUUAGGCUACUGAUUAAAUGACAGCACUAAGACAUGUUAGGCUAUAUUUCUUUGAUAGGUAGCGGAGCAAAGAAAAUACAUGAGGUGACAUUAAGGCAUUUUGGGACAAUAACGAUCUUUGGAGUCAUCAGCAAAUGAGUAUGUGGAAGAAAGAGUUUGUGUGUUCGUGUAAAAGCGAGGGAAUCUAUCCGUUGGCGCGUAGGCUAUCUGCAGUGCUUUCCCCUCCGCUCCGCCGCUUCAGCUCACACUGAGCAUCGCGUUGCUGCCGCAAACCUUAUACGCAGCGUCCGGAGCGACUGAGCUCGGAGUGUGAACGAGCGCCCCUCCCUUCCCCACCACCCCCUCCCCAGAACGCACCGACGCUACGUCUGCCGCCUCCCUCCGCGCACCACUGGCUGUUAGUCGCGUCGAGCUGCUGACAUUUAGCAACGAGUCGCCUGUGUUCCGCAGGUGUACAGCAGGGCGUCUUACUGCGCCUCCUCCGAGAAGAAAGCUUCGGCUGAUACAGACAUAGUUUCUAUUCUUUAUUUAACGUUAGUAUUUGUGUGUGUCCUUACGUCAUUUCUCUCUGCCGACGUGGACCGUGAGGUUUGAUUUGAUGGUGCUGAGUUGACGAAUCUGACAGAGCCAGGGGGUCGCGCGGCCGGACAGCAUCUGCAUUGUGGCGGCAGCGAGCGGGCGGACCUUAGGGACAAACACACGCACGCACGCACACACACAUAAACACGCACUCAAACUCUCCUCUCUUUCGUCUGCUUCCUUCACCAUCGACUGUGAAUGGGCAUCGAGCCGACCGCAUUUGCAGUCGCUUUUUAGAAGAGUCCUUUCUGGAAGAAGAUGGCGGACCGGGCCGAGAUGUUCUCGCUCUCCACCUUCCACUCUCUCUCGCCUCCGGGUUGCAGGCCAGCCCAUGACAUCAGUCUGGAGGAGUUUGAUGAUGAAGAUCUGUCUGAGAUCACAGAUGACUGCGGCAUUGGACUCAACUACGACUCUGACCCCUACGAGAAGGACUGCUUGAUCCUGGAGAAGAAUGAGUUCCACCACCCGGUGUGCUCCUUCCAGGAUGACUUCCAGGAGUUUGAGAUGAUCGAUGACGAGGAUGAGGAAGAUAACGAUGAGGAAGAGGAUCCUGAGGCUCCUCCCUCCCCCUCUGAGUCUCCGCCCCCCUCCCCCUCACUCAAGAGCCGGCCCACCACACUCAACCUCACAUCUACAGUCUCACAGGACUCGUUGAAUAAUAACAGUGGUGUUUCUCCACGUAAGCCCAGCUGGCAAGACUCCCUUCGGAACCCCACGUCUCAGAGCCGUCUCUCUCCCACCCACUCGUGUCUGGAGGACAGCACCCAUGUGACGGGCUCUUGCACGGUCGGCCCCACCAUCAAGGCCCAAGCCAAAGGUACUCCCCCCAACCAGGCGCAGUCCCCUGGACGCCCCCUCCUGUACGACUUUGAGGGGAACAGGAGAGAGAGGCCCGAAUACGGUUCCUUCGGUCAGCAUAAGUCCUGCGGUGGCCCUGACUCUCAUGAUUUGAGGACGGCCUCUGACGCUCCCACAGCUGACGAAUCACAGUGCUCGGACACAGAGGUGGACCACGCCCUCAACGGCCGCUGCCGGCCGUGCCGCUCGCGCACCAACGACACCUACACCAUCACCACGGAGACGGCCGAUGACCCCGACCCGGACAACGACAUGACACUGGACGGCACCAGUAAGUGUCUGUCGUCCACGGCGCCACUAGGCAACAGCGAGGAGGGCGAGGACGAGGCGCAAACGCCGCUGUCCGACGUCGAACUGGACCGCGUGUUUGACGGCGACGACUACGUGGGUCCGGUCACUGGAGGCUACGUGGAGUUCCCUUGCAUCGAGCGCAGCGAGGCCGCGUCCUUCUCCAGCUACGUUUCGUCCAGCCGCUCCGAGGCCAUCCCUGAGGCUGACCGCCACGGCAGCCCGGACGCACGAGCGCCCGUUGCCGUUGACGACUCCGCUUCGCCCUCGUCGGACCCGGGCAUCGCUGACAUGAACACGAAGCGCUGCUACGGCGAGUCAGACCGGGACCGCAACAGCGACGACCUGAGCUCGCCCGGCUCAGACUCGGACGUGGAGGGCGAGCUGGAGGCAGCGUUCGCCUGUGGCGGGCCGGUGGUCAGUCACAUGAUCUCGUCCAUCUCCGAGACGGAGCUGGACUUCAGCAGCGACUCAAGCAGCGGGCGCUCCUCGCACCUCACCAACUCCAUCGAGGAGGCCAGCUCCCCGACCUCCGACCCUGAGCUCGACCCCGAGCUCGACCCCGAGCAGGACAGCGGCAUCGUGGGCCUGAAGGCCUCCCUGCUCCUGGGCCAGCCUGACCCUAUCAAGCGCGAGGCGGAGGACAACGACGCCCUGGACGACGGCCAGACGCUCAUGGGCCUGCAGAGUGUGGACGAUGUGGACGUGGAGGAGGAGGAGGACGGCUACGAGCACCAGGCGGACCCGGACGAGACGCUGCCCCCCGCCCCGCCGUGCGAGGACCGCGGCCGGGAGCAGCUCCUGCUGCGGGUGGAGCCGGACCACGGGCUGGAGAGCUUCAAGCGCUCCUUCUACCUGCCCGUGGGGCCGCGUCUCAUGCCCUGCGCCGACGACUACGACCCCACCAGCGAGGGCGAGUCCGAGUCCGAGUCCGAGGACGAGCUGAGCGAGAACUCCGACUCGCCCUGGCUGCUCAGCAACCUGGUCAACAAGAUGAUCUCCGAGGGCUCCUACCCCAUCAGCUGCCCCGAGGAGUGCCUCAAGCGGUCAGCCUCCAUCUCCGACACCAUCUCGCCCUCCACUCCUGCCGAGCUGGACACCGACGGCUUCGGCGAGCCCGACCUGCACAAGGCGGCGGGCCGAGGGGGGUCGGAGCUGCCCGCGGACGGGGAUGGACAGAGGAACGGCGGCGACCCGCCGGGACGGGUCAUCACGGAGGGCCGCGGCGUGGGCGUGUGUCUGUACAUGAGCAACCCCACGUGCGACACUAUCACGCCGGUCAUCCUGGAGCGGUACGACCGCCUGACCCCACCGUCCACCCUCAGCCCCGAGCCCAGCAGCCUCAGCACCUCCACUGCUAGCUCCGCCAAGAACCAGGAGAAGAACAGCGCCUCCCGAGGGAGGCGACGGGAGGAGCAGGAGGAAGAGGAAGAGGAGCCGGACAAUGACCGCAGGAUGGAACGCUCGCUGGCGAAGGAUCUGGACUCGCCCGGCCUCAGCGAGAGCGUGUCCAGCGACAAGGACGACGGGCGCGAGACCCAAGUAGCCACGGCCGUGCCGCCCCCCGGCUCCGCCUCCCUGCAGCGGCUGGCCGAGGUGAAGAGCAGCCUGACCCUUGACCUCCCCACGGCCGCCACCAACCGCCUCUUCAGCCUCAGCUACUCCACCGAGGAGGAGGAGGAGGAGCACGAGCUGGACGAGGAGGACCCCUCGCCCUUCCUGGAGCCGCUCCCGCGCGUGCCAUCCCCCUACGAACACUCCGAGCCCUACCUGGACAGUUCGCCGCCCAUCGACGAGAGCGUGCGGCCGCUGCCCGUGCCCCUGCGGCCGCCGCUGGACGACUCGCUCGCCGACUCGCUGGCGUACGACAGCAUGAAGUACACGCUGGUGGUGGACGAGAACACCACGCUGGAGCUGGUCAGUCUCAAGCGCUGCACCUCCCUGCUCAGCGACCGCAGCGACAGUGAGGACGACGAGGACGACGAGGACCAGCAGCCGCUUGCUGGACGGCAGGACUACGGUGGCCUGCGAGGGACAGCGCUCAUACGCGGCUCAGGGGGGAGGCCAGAUCUCCUGCUGACCUCCUCGUCCGAGGAAGACUCCUCUCCGGAGGCAGACAUGCCCUUCUCUAAGAAGUUCCUCAACGUGUUCGUCAACAGCACGUCACGCUCCUCUAGCACAGAGUCGUUUGGCCUGUUCUCCUGCACAAUAAAUGGAGAGGAGAGGGAGCAGACACAUCGUGCUGUGUUCAGGUUCAUCCCACGACACACAGACGAGCUGGAGCUGGACGUGGAUGACCCGCUGUUCGUGGAGGAGGAGGAGGACGACUACUGGUACCACGGCUACAACAUGCGCACUGGUUCCAGGGGCAUCUUCCCCGCGUACUACGCCCACGAGGUUGUAGGUCAGAGCAAGGACUCUCUGGCAGUGAAAAGGAACCCUGCCUGGAUUGAAACCUUCAGCGUGCAGUUCCUGGGCUCCGUGGAGGUCCCCUAUCACCAGGGCAACGGCAUCCUGUGUGCCGCCAUGCAGAAGAUUGCCAGGUCCCGUAAGCGGACGGUGCACGUGCGUCCCCCCUCUGUGUGUGAGCUGGAGAUUAGCCUGCAGGGCAUCAAACUCAUCAUGAGCCUGGAGGACGAGUACGACCUGUCUGAAGAGUUUGACAGGUGUAGUCACUUCUUCCAGAUGAAGAACAUCUCCUUCUGUGGCUGCCACCCCAAGAACAACUGCUACUUUGGCUUCAUCACCAAACACCCCAUGCUGAAUCGCUUUGCCUGUCACGUGUUCGUUUCCCAGGAGUCCAUGCGGGGCGUAGCAGAGUGUGUGGGGCGAGCAUUCCAGGAAUACUACCAGGAACACCUGGAGUACGCCUGUCCCACCGAGGAUAUCUACCUGGAGUAGGUCACCAUAGCAACGGCCAUCCUCCUCCCACUUGCGUGUGUUUCUAGCAGCUGACCACCAGGGGGAGCUGGUAGCUUUUUUCUCUCGUGUAACAUAGGCCUCUGUCCUGCUCUCCCCCAACCUGGCUCCACCGCCAGACUCUCUCUUAGUGCAUCACCUAUUUACUCCCAAUCCAGUGGUUGGUUUGUUUAUUUAUGUAUUUAUUUAUGUAUUUAUUUAUUUAUUUGUUGGUUUGUUUAGAACCUUCUUUGGGAUGGAUUGCCUGUUACUUUUGUGUUCUUUUUCUAUGAUGGAGCUGAAGCCCAAUGCAAUGUUUGGUUCACUCUCAGCGGUGGACUUUUCCCACUCCUCAGAGAAAGAAAAAAAAAUAUGACAAACAAAAAAACAAACAAACAAAAGAAGGGAAAAAAAUAAUGAUGUGAUGCGGGGAGACUCGUACUCCACCUUUAGAUGCAUGGCUUUGGAGGGUUAUGCUCACAGACACCCCCACAUACCUGACGCAGCUGACAGAAGCAGAGAAGGGUGUGAGUGGUCGCCACUGACUGAGCUGGAGUGUGUGUGUGUGUGUGUGUGUGUGUGUGUGUGUGUGUGUGUGUGUGUGUGUGUGUGUGUGUGUGUGUUUGUGACACCCUGUUCUGUAUACAUGGGUGAGCUGGAGUGUGUGUGUGGGAGUGGAGAGUUGCUUUCCACAGAUAUUCUAAUGGAACACAGAACAGUCAUGAGACUUAGGAACUUCUAAUUGCUAAGAAGUGAAGGACAGAGAGAGAGAGAGAGAAAGGGAGAGAGACUAGAAUAGAGAGAGAGAGAUGACAGAGAGUGGGAUAGAGAGAGAGAGAGAGAUAGAAUCUAUAUGAAUACACCUGCAAAUAUCCAGCAGUUCUGCAGCCUCUCCUAUCCUAAAAACAGAACGUACAUCCACCCAGUGGCACUGUGGAUGGUCACAUCACUAACGUUUAGGGGUUUUAGGAGUUCAGCCAGUGAGAGCAGCCUGACAUGAACUAGUCCCCAUACAUACAGUACAUUACCACAUGUAGAAUAUAUCAAUCUGUUGAUUCUAGAAUAAUGGUAGACCCAGAGUUCUCUGGUGGAAGUGUGUGAUAGAGUCUAAUGUGUAGUUGAGCUGAAAAGGCAGGAGAGCUCCUUAGCUCAGAUGGAGGUUACAAACAUGGAGCUCUUUUCCCCCUCAAAGUAGUUCCAAGCCUGGGUUAGAAAAAGUGACAUUUAUGUGUGUGUGUAUGUGUGUGUGUGUGUGUGUGUGUGUGUGUGUGUGUGUGUGUGUGUGUGUGUGUGUGUGUGUGUGUGUGUGUGUGUGUGUGUGUGUGAAUACUGCAGGACAGACUGAAGUAGUGUGAAUACUCUGGGAGAGACUGAAGUAGAUCUUUUGUAUGGUGGCGUCUCCAGUUGUAGAAAGCUUGCAUGUGACUGACUGACUUAUGGAGGAAUGCCAAGACUAUUUUCCAAUACCAAUGACCCUACCUGUGUACAGUAUCCCAUCACACAGCCAAAGUCACAGUCUGGCAAACUAUAUCAGGGGCCCAUGGCUGAAUGGCUUCUACAGGUAGGCUGCACCACCAGGUCUGGCACGCAAGGAGACUGGUGGUUUUACUUUAGGACACUGGUCAGUGAUGAGUUGUGUGUGUUGUACAUGAAUCAAGCAGCAUAGGACAAUGCUAGUGCUCCUCAGAUUUUUACCAUAAAUCUCAAGUUGAAUACACACUGCUGAUUGCAGGCUGUGUGUGUGUGUGUGUGUGUGUGUGUGUGUGUGUGUGUGUGUGUGCAUGCGUGCGUGCGUGCGUGUGUGUGUGUGUGUUUUAACCUGAUCAGUGAUUUUCACUGUCAUUCGUCAUCAUUGAUGGGUUUUCCAUGGGAGUCAUAGUUAAUUACUGACCUUGAAAUUACCUUGCUGGGACUUUGCUAUGGCCGUGCUAUGACCAUGCCAUGACCUUGUCGUGACCUUGCUUGGAGUCUAAGUGAGGAGGGUGAUGGUGUGAGAGGAGGAACAGAAGCAACAGCAGCCCAGUCAGCCUGACCUCAUCUGAAUGUCCACCGACAUCGGUCAUGUCAAUCAACAAUCAUGGUGUACACUGGGACAUGGAUUUUUAAAGAGUAUGUCCUUGCAGUUGUGUGACCCGUGUGGUAAGACAGCUCUCCUCAGGACAGUUAUGUUUGGACUCUGUCACCUGGCUGGACUUGAAGAAGGGGUUCCGAUAUCAGAGAGGAGGAGGACGAGGAGGAGGAAGAGGAGACGCUGAGUUCCUCUCUGGGUAUUGGACCCGACCAUUCUACUCUGUUCCGUUUGGACUUGAGUUUGCGGGCGUGUUUGAAAAGUGCUACUUAACCCUGCGGUUCUCCAUCAGCUAUUAGACUGACUUUGGUUCCUAUACGACAGCGCCAUUUUACUACUACUACUUGCCUGCACUGUAGCCAUGGAAAGAGCUGGCGUAGCCUAACUAGCCUGGCUUCUGUCCCUCAGAUACCCUUCAGUAAACUCGACGAUACCUAACGCUGUAACCUGUAGGAUCCACAUACACUAGGCCUUCACUACAGACGCUUUUCUACCAGCCCAGACCUCACCGAGGCCAAAUCGUUCGACAUGCCGCGCUGUCCUGCCUCCCGCCUCCCUCCUUCCGCCCACCCGCCUGUCCGUCAUCUGUUACCAUGGUUACCUGUUCAUCUGUGACAAUGAUCUUCACUGGGUGGGGGGAGGGAGGGGGAGGGGUUAAAGACAUCAU